UUUUUUUCUUUCCGUCAAAAUACGUUUCAUUGAAACGAAAGAAAGGUAGAGUCCAGUGAGUUGACCCCACUGACCCUCCACACGACAAUGUGGUAAUUCUUUGCACACGCUUUGGCCACAAUUCAAAGAAAACUCAUUUUUCCAAUGGGGUGCUUGUUUCUCUUCUUCAAUUCUUCUUCUCCAUUCAAUCGCUUUACGCAUUUCAGAUCCGAGAGCUCAACAUAGCCCAUUGACGUUACAGGAAAAGGACCGGUGAUUGGCUCUAAAUCAAAUGUAUAUUAUCUUUUAUUAUUGUUAUUGUUGUUGUUACUGAAUAUUCAAGGGUUGGGGGCGAGAGAGAACGAGUAUAAUGGGGUUAGCUGGGGUCCAAGAAAACGGAAACGGAGAUGGGGUAUCUGAAAUUCCGUUGGGGACCAAAACAAAAUACACCAAGAUGGCCUCUGAUCCAGUUGAGGACGAUGAAGUUCUGCAAAACAAGAAGCACGAGGCCCAUAAAUAUGUCUUUGCAUGUGCCGUUUUUGCCUCUCUGAAUUCCGUGCUUCUUGGCUAUGAUGUGGGUGUUAUGAGUGGAGCAAUUAUAUUCAUUCAGGAGGAUCUGAAGAUAUCUGAUGUUCAGCAAGAAGUGCUUGUUGGGAUUUUGAGCAUAAUAUCAUUGUUGGGUAGUUUAGCAGGUGGAAAAACAUCUGAUGCCAUUGGCCGAAAAUGGACAAUUGGUUUGGCAGCCGUGAUCUUCCAAACAGGUGGAGCUGUUAUGGCUCUUGCCCCGUCCUUCAAAGUACUGAUGAUAGGAAGACUCAUGGCUGGGGUGGGUAUAGGUUUUGGUGUCAUGAUUGCACCUGUCUAUAUUGCUGAAAUUUCUCCUGCCAUUGCUAGGGGAUCACUCACCUCUUUUCCUGAGAUAUUUAUAAAUUUUGGAAUCCUUCUUGGCUAUAUAUCAAACUAUGCAUUUUCCAGGCUUCCAGCACACAUAAAUUGGAGGGUAAUGCUUGGCGUUGGACUUCUCCCAUCGCUUGUUAUUGCUCUUGCACUGUUUGUGAUACCUGAAUCCCCUAGAUGGCUAGUGGUGCAGAAUAGGGUUGAAGAAGCUAGAGUGGUGUUGGUCAAGAUAACUGAGAGUGAGAAGGAGGCUGAAGAAAAGUUGCAAGAAAUUCUGGUAGCUGCUGGGUCGGUUAAUGCUGAGAAGUACGAAUCAAAAGCCGUGUGGAAAGAAAUAUUGUGCCCUACUCCUCCUGUUAGAAGAAUGCUUAUAACUGGGUGUGGAAUUCAGUGUUUCCAGCAGAUAACAGGCAUAGACACAACUGUGUAUUAUAGCCCCACAAUUUUCAAGAACGCCGGGAUCACUGGCAACUCUGAGCUUCUUGCUGCAACAGUUGCUGUUGGAUUCACCAAAACUCUGUUCAUCUUGAUAGCCAUAUUUCUUAUAGACAAAUUGGGGAGAAAGCCUUUGCUUUACGCCAGCACAAUUGGGAUGACAGUGAGUUUGUUUAGCCUGAGUUUGUCUCUGGCUUUUCUGAGUCAUGCGAAAAUUGGGAUUGCGUUAGCAAUUCUUGCAGUUUGUGGAAAUGUGGCUUCAUUCUCAGUAGGACUUGGCCCCAUAUGCUGGGUCUUGUCAAGUGAGAUAUUUCCUUUGAGGCUCAGAGCUCAAGCAUCAGCUCUUGGAGCAGUGGGGAGUAGGGUCAGCAGUGGUGCAAUCUCCAUGUCCUUCCUCUCAGUGUCUCGCAAAAUCACAGUAGCAGGAACAUUCUUUGUUUUUGGCGUUAUUUCGUGUUGUGCCGUUGCCUUUGUUCAUUAUUGUGUUCCAGAGACAAGAGGAAAGACAUUGGAGGAAAUCGAAUUACUGUUUAAUGAUGCAGAUGAUUUGCAAGAAAGUGAGGUGGAAAUGGGAGAUGUAGAGCGUCUGGUGCAGAAAUCAUGAGUUGGAGUCACACCAAAACCUUAAACUAAAUUCCCAGAUAGUGCAAACAUAGUAUACAAGCUUUAGUAUAUCUUAAUGUUUAUAAUAUGUAUUAGAUUAUUUUUUACACUCUGUUAAAUGAGUUCAUACGUUGUUUCAUGUGGCCAUAAUGGAAAAUGUGUUGUCCCUUUCGCAUCACGUGGAUUAUGUGUCUAUAUUUACAACCCUUCCCCCAUUCCAUUUCCAUUUAUUUAAUGCCAUUUAUAGCUUUUAAAAUGUCA